GCAAGGCGAUUGGCGGUGACGCGCAGAACAGACCCCGCCCUCCCGGGACCGCACCCCGAACCAUUACAGCAGGACGCAGUUCAGCUACCGAGUGGAAGAAGAAGAGGAAGAAAGGAGAGAAAAAAGAGAAAAGAGAGAACGAGGCGAAGGGAGCAAACUUGUGCGCAGUUUCUGCGGAUUGAAAAGGGAAGCGACACGGAUCCACACUGAGUCCCUGGAGUUUCUGACAAGCCGAACUCCGAGCGUCUGCAUCUGAUUAGCAGCAACCAUGUCGGACGUCGACAAGUUCCUGUAUGUGGACCGCAACCUGGUCAACAACCCGCUGGCGCAGGCCGACUGGGCCACCAAGAAGUUGGUGUGGGUGCCGUCGGAGCGGCUGGGGUUCGAGCCCGGCUCGGUGAAGGAUGAGCACGGCGAUGAGGUGGUGGUGGAGCUGGCCGACUCGGGGAAGAAAGUGCGGGUCAACAAGGACGACAUCCAGAAGAUGAACCCGCCCAAGUUCAGCAAGGUGGAGGACAUGGCCGAGCUCACCUGCCUGAACGAGGCGUCCGUGCUGCACAACCUGAAGGAGAGAUACUACUCCGGCCUCAUAUACACGUAUUCGGGUCUGUUCUGUGUGGUCAUCAACCCCUACAAGAACCUGCCCAUCUACUCCGAGGAGAUCGUAGACAUGUACAAGGGCAAGAAACGACACGAGAUGCCGCCGCACAUCUACGCCAUCACAGACACGGCCUACAGGAGCAUGAUGCAGGACCGUGAGGACCAAUCGAUUCUCUGCACGGGCGAAUCUGGAGCCGGAAAGACAGAAAACACCAAGAAGGUCAUUCAGUAUCUGGCCCACGUGGCCUCAUCCCACAAAACCAAGAAAGACCAGAGCAGCUCGGUCCUGUCACAUGGUGAGCUGGAGAAGCAGCUGCUGCAGGCCAAUCCUAUCCUCGAAGCCUUCGGCAAUGCCAAGACAGUCAAGAACGACAACUCUUCUCGAUUCGGCAAGUUCAUCAGAAUCAACUUUGACGUUAACGGGUACAUCGUCGGAGCCAAUAUUGAAACCUACCUGUUGGAAAAGUCCCGUGCAAUCCGUCAAGCUAAAGAAGAAAGAACCUUCCACAUGUUCUACUACAUGCUCACCGGUGCAGGAGACAAACUGCGCUCUGAACUCUGUCUGGAGAGCUACAAUAAGUACCGGUUCCUGUCCAAUGGGAACGUGACGAUCCCGGGACAGCAGGACCGAGACAUGUACCUGGAGACCAUGGAGGCCAUGAGGAUCAUGGGCUUCUCUGAGGAAGAACAUAUCGGUCUUUUGAGGGUCAUUUCAUCUGUGCUACAGCUGGGUAAUAUGUCCUUUAAGAAGGAGCGUCACUCGGACCAGGCCUCCAUGCCUGAUGACACAGCUGCCCAGAAGGUGUGCCAUCUGAUGGGCAUGAGCAUGACUGAUUUCACACGUGCCAUCCUCUCGCCCCGGAUCAAGGUGGGCCGCGACUACGUGCAGAAGGCCCAGACGCAGGAGCAGGCUGAGUUCGCUGUAGAGGCUCUGGCCAAAGCCACGUAUGAGAGGAUGUUCCGCUGGCUGGUGAUGCGCAUCAACAAAGCUCUGGAUAAGACCAAACGUCAGGGCGCCUCCUUCAUCGGCAUCCUGGACAUCGCCGGCUUUGAGAUCUUUGAUCUAAACUCGUUCGAGCAGUUGUGCAUUAACUACACUAACGAGAAGCUCCAGCAGCUCUUCAACCACACCAUGUUCAUCCUGGAGCAGGAAGAGUACCAGCGCGAGGGCAUCGAGUGGAGCUUCAUUGACUUCGGCCUCGACCUGCAGCCCUGCAUCGAACUCAUCGAGAAACCUGCGAGUCCUCCAGGAAUCCUCGCUCUCCUGGACGAGGAGUGCUGGUUCCCCAAAGCCACGGACAAGAGCUUCGUGGAGAAGGUCCUGCAGGAGCAGGGGACGCACUCCAAAUUCCACAAACCCAAGAAACUGAAGGACGAGGCGGAUUUCUGCAUCAUGCACUAUGCUGGAAAGGUGGAUUAUAAGGCGGACGAGUGGCUGAUGAAGAACAUGGACCCGCUGAACGAUAACGUGGCCACUUUGCUCAAUCAAUCCACCGACAAGUUCGUUUCAGAGCUGUGGAAGGACGUGGACCGUAUCGUGGGUCUGGAUAAGGUGGCCGGCAUGUCGGAGCUGCCGGGUGCGUUUAAGACCCGUAAGGGAAUGUUCCGGACAGUCGGGCAGCUCUAUAAGGAGCAGCUGUCCAAACUCAUGGCCACGCUCAGAAACACCAACCCCAACUUCGUCCGCUGCAUCAUUCCCAACCAUGAGAAAAAGGCUGGUAAGUUGGACCCUCACCUGGUUCUGGAUCAGCUCCGGUGUAACGGUGUGCUGGAGGGAAUCCGUAUCUGCAGACAGGGAUUCCCCAAUCGCGUCGUCUUCCAGGAAUUCAGACAGAGGUAUGAAAUCCUCACGCCCAACUCCAUUCCCAAAGGCUUCAUGGAUGGAAAACAGGCUUGCGUGCUGAUGAUCAAAGCGCUGGAGCUGGAUCCCAACCUGUACCGGAUCGGACAGAGCAAAGUGUUUUUCCGCGCUGGAGUUCUGGCUCACCUGGAGGAGGAGCGUGAUAUGAAGAUCACCGACGUCAUCAUUAACUUCCAGGCCUGGUGUCGUGGAUACGUCGCCCGCAAGGCGUUCGCUAAGAGGCAGCAGCAGCUGACGGCCAUGAGGGUGAUCCAGAGGAACUGCGCUGCGUAUCUGAAGCUCAGGAACUGGCAGUGGUGGAGACUCUUCACCAAGGUGAAGCCGCUGCUGCAGGUGAGCCGACAGGAAGAGGAGAUGCAGGCCAAAGACGAGGAGCUCAACAAGGUUCGGGAGAAGCAGAUGGUGGCUGAACAGCAGCUGAAUGAGAUGGAGGUCAAACAGCAGCAGGUAACACGAUACUGCUACCGUCUGCGUCGCGAGGAGAAGCAGCGACAGGAGCUGGAGAAGAACCGCAGGAAGCUGGAGGGCGACUCUACAGAGCUGCACGAUCAGAUCGCGGAGCUGCAGGCUCAGAUCGCUGAACUGCGCGCACAACUCGCUAAAAAAGAGGAGGAGCUUCAGGAGGCGCUCGCCAGGAUCGAGGAGGAAGCGGCUCAGAAGAAUCUGGCACAGAAGAAGAUCCGUGAGCUGGAGGCUCAGCUGAAUGAACUUCAGGAGGAUCUGGAGCUGGAGAGAGCGGCUCGAGCCAAAGCCGAGAAACACCGCCGAGACCUGGGAGAAGAGCUGGAGGCGCUGAAGACCGAGCUGGAGGAUACGCUCGACUCCACCGCCACGCAGCAGGAGCUCAGGACGAAGCGUGAGACUGAAGUGGCUCAGCUGAAGAAGACGCUGGAGGAAGAGGCUAAAGUUCACGAGCAGGUGGUGGCAGAAAUGAGACAGAAACACAGUCAGGCCUUCGACGAGCUCAACGAGCAGCUGGAGCAGGUCAAACGGAAUAAGGUGUCGGUGGACAAGACCAAACAGGCUCUGGAGUCGGAGAGGAACGAGCUGCAGAUCGAGCUGCAGACGCUCAUGCAGGGCAAAGGAGACUCAGAGCACCGCAGGAAGAAAGCCGAGACGCAGCUGCAGGAGCUGCAGGUCAAACACGCCGAGAGCGAACGCCAGCGCAGCGAAUUCGCCGAGAAAGCCGCCAAGUUGCAGGCGGAGCUGGAUAACGUCAACACUCUGCUGAGCGAGGCUGAGGGAAAGUCCAUCAAAGCGACGAAGGACUGUUCAUCCGUGGAGUCGCAGCUGCAGGACGUCCAGGAAGUGCUGCAGGAGGAGACGCGGCAGAAGCUCUCGCUGAACACGCGUCUGCGACAGCUGGAGGACGAGCAGAACAGCCUGAGGGAGCAGCUGGAGGAGGAAGAGGAGGCCAAGAGGAACCUGGAGAAACAGAUGAGCACCAUGCAGGCACAGCUGACCGACAUGAAGAAGAAGGUGGAGCAGGAGGCCAGUUUCCUGGAGAGCACCGAGGAGACGAAGAAGCGAGUCCAGCGCGACCUGGAGGCCGUGACGCUGCGUCUGGACGAGAGGUGCACCGCCUACGACAAGCUGGACAAGACCAAGACGCGUCUGCAGCAGGAGCUGGACGACAUGCUGGUUGACCAGGACCACCUGAGACAGAUCGUCUCCAACCUGGAGAAGAAGCAGAAGAAGUUCGACCAGAUGCUGGCUGAGGAGAAGUCGAUCUCUGGCCGUUACGCCGAGGAGCGCGACCGCGCCGAGGCCGAGGCCCGUGAGAAAGAGACGCGCGUGUUAGCGCUGGCCCGCGAGCUGGAGACCCUCACUGACCUGAAGGACGAGCUGGACCGGACCAACAAACUGCUGCGCGCCGAGAUGGAGGACCUGGUGUCCUCUAAAGACGACGUGGGCAAGAGCGUUCACGAUCUGGAGAAGUCGAAGCGCUCGAUGGAGCAGCAGCUGGAGGAGAUGAAGACGCAGCUGGAGGAGCUGGAGGAUGAGCUGCAGGCCACCGAAGACGCCAAACUGCGGCUGGAGGUCAACAUGCAGGCCAUGAAAGCGCAGUACGAGAGAGACCUGCAGGGACGAGACGAGCUGGGAGAGGAGAAGAAGAGACAGCUGCUCAAACAGGUGCGUGAGAUGGAGCUGGAGCUGGAGGACGAGCGUAAACAGCGCACACCCCUGUCGUCAGAGACCCAGCAGCUGGAGGAGAUGAAGACGCAGCUGGAGGAGCUGGAGGAUGAGCUGCAGGCCACCGAAGACGCCAACAAGAACCGCGACGAGGCGCUCAAACAGCUCAAGAAAGUGCAGGCUCAGAUGAAGGACCUGCUGCGGGAGCUGGAGGACACGCGUCUGUCCCGCGAGGAGAUCCUGGCUCAGAGCAAAGAGAACGAGAAGAAGGUGAAGAGCAUGGAGGCCGAGAUGAUCCAGCUGCAGGAGGAGCUGGCGGCUGCAGAGCGAGCAAAGAGACAAGCCCAGCAGGAGAGAGACGAGCUGCAGGACGAGAUCAACAACCAGGCCGCUAAAGGCUGUCUGGGCUCGGAGGAGAGGAGGCGUCUGGAGGCACGGAUCGCUCAGCUGGAGGAGGAGCUGGAGGAGGAGCAGAACAACACGGAGCUGGUGAACGACCGGCUCAAGAGAGCCCUGCUGCAGACGGACCAGAUCAACGUGGAGCUGACGGCGGAGCGCAGCACCUGCCAGCGUCUGGAGGGAGCGCGCUCGCAGAUGGAGCGCCAGAACAAGGAGCUGAAGCUCAAACUCACCGAGCUGGAGGGAACCGUCAAGAGCAAAUACAAGGCCACCAUCGUCGCCCUGGAGGCCAAAAUCGGCCAGGUGGAAGAGCAGCUCGACGUCGAGACCAAAGAGCGCCAGCAGGCCUCAAAACUAGUGCGUCGUGCAGAGAAGAAGCUGAAGGAGGUGAUUCUGCAGGUGGACGACGAGAGACGCAACACGGAGCAGUUUAAAGAUCAGUCUGAGAAGCUGAACAGCCGCAUGAAGCAGCUGAAGCGGCAGCUGGAGGAGGCUGAGGAGGAGGCGCAGAGAGCAAACGCCAACCGCAGGAAACUACAGCGGGAGCUGGAGGACGCCUCCGAGUCCGCCGACGCCAUGAACCGCGAGGUCAACAGCCUGAAGAGCAAACUCCGACGCGGCGAUCUGCCCUUCACCAUGCGCCGCAUCGUCAGCCGCUCGGGAAUCGAGAGUGACGAAGACCCGGAGGCCAAGACCGAAACCCUCGAACCCAAACCCGAGUGACAGAAGCCGAACCGCAGCGUUCCCUCGCAAACACAUACACACAAGUCUCGGACGACAACGUCCUUGAAAACUCAGAGAUACCUUGUCGAUUUUUGAUUUUUGUUCUUAUUUUAGUGCCAUAGUGUAUUCGCACACACACAAUGGUUCUCCUGACAAUCACACAAAUGACCGCUUCACUCACACCGAGGACCAAAUUUGUGUUUUCCUGUCAUUGUCUAGAAUAGAAAAAGAGCGGAAUGAUAUUUUUGUAAGCACGCAUUCCGUCAAUUGUAGUCCCGAUUCCGGAUCUAUUUUCUUAACUGAAGGAAAAGGAUUAAAAGAUGGUAAAGAAGAGAACUUAUUUGAAGGGGACCAAAGCAAAAUUGCUUUCUACAAAACUGUAUUUUAUUCAUACGUUUUUAUAAUGGUAUAAGGAUGAACAUAGCGCUCGCUCUCUUGCACCUCUGCUGGUAAAUAGAAGAUUGUGAUGAGAUUUACAGAUAGUAUCUACAGUUACACUCUUGGGCUUCACACACGAAUAAGGCAUUUAGUUAUCAAACCAGCACCGAAAAUAUUACACAUUGUCACGCCACCUUAUAUGCACAUGAAAUGGGGAAAGACUGUUUAUUCGAGCAAUAAAAUGGACAUGUUUUAUCAGACUGUUGAUUGGCUGAUUGAAGUAAUAAAGAUGGAGUAGGCAACGCACGAACUCAUUUAGACAUGGCACUAUGCACUAUCGCCUUAACUCUACUAUUUGGAUAUUUUCUGUUCCUCUUUUCCUUCCAGUAUAUGUGUCUUUAUUGAUGUUCAGGGCAUGAAGGGUGGAGGGUUGACGGUUUCUCUCACGCACACACUGUAAACGCUGAGCACGGCUGUGUGGGGGCGGGAAUCCAACGUUUGGCGGGAGUUUUUAAAAAAACAUGGAACACCUCCAUGGCUACCUCUGAUCACGUUUAAUACUCUGCGACAUCAUAUUUGAUUAUUCUGCGACCUGUGUUUUCGGAAAGAUCUAAGGAGAACGGAUUUGAGCGGACCCUCCUCGAAGCUCGUGCUCAGCUUCUGCUUUUUUCCCGCUCACACUGCUGGGAAGUGAGAGAAAUGGACUAUUAUUGAUUAUGUAUGGAUAGAUAGAGCAUUUCUCUCUCUCAUUCUCAUCGUCUCCCAAUAAUGACUUUGUGAUGUUGUGUUAUGCUCUCUCUCUCUGCAGCUCCUGAAUGAUAUCUGGAGAGAUUUGUCAUGAAUCCUUGGUAUAAUGAUGCAAUAAAAUGGCUUUUUCAAAACCGC